AUGGGUGAAGCCUUCGAGCGCAGAUGCCGCAAAGAACGAGAGUUCUCAGCUGGAAAGGCUCCUACUCAGCCAGUGGAUGGGGCGGCGAACAUAUCGCAGUAUGAGAACGAGGGCAAGGUGAAAGAAGUGACUGCAUCUGGUUAUGAUCAAGGUGGCGCGAGGCCGCAGUCAAAGAAAUGGAUCAAAGGCAUCGGCAGUAUCGACAGUCCGAAGGAUCCCUCGUCCGAAAAAGAAUCGGGAGACAUCGAGGCUCCUAAUCUGAGCUCAGCAGACCGAGCUGGAUCUGAACUCUCGUUUGCCGUUGGUGCCACCUCAAAGAAAUGGAUCAAAGGUAUUGGAGCUGUAUCGCAGGCCGGAGGACAAGGAUCAGAGGCAACUGCCACACCAGAGCUCGCUACCUCCAGGAAGGAGUCUGACGACAGCGUCGUCAAAGCUCCAGUCGCUCCUUUAAAAGUUGCACCCCAAUCGAAGAAGUGGAUCAAGGGCGUGGGAGCGAUCGAGGUGGCAGAUAACUAUGCACGAGCUGGAAGCCCUGCGGAGUUUGAGUCCCCGUACGUUGAAGAGAGGGGUAGAGCAAGCUUCUGCGUAACGAACCUGGAUCCUUCAGUUACCGAAGACAACCUCUGGAAAUUAUUCAAGCAAGCCGGACCUGUGGGAAGCUUGAAGAUAAUGCCAAAGAGGGAGGGAAAGGUGCGAGACUUGUCCUCGACGAUAGGUUUUGUAAAUUUUCUGGAUUCCACCCUGCUACGAAAGUGUCGAGAGGUUUGCAAGGCUCUGAACAACAGCAAGCCAAGUUGGAACAAUGGUUCGCAGAUCUUGGUGAACGAGCAAGUCAACGAUGGACCUGGAGGCGGCGGCAAACCGAGAGAGACUGCUGAACAGAAACAGGAGAGGCUCGCAAAGUUGCGAGAAGAAUUUCCAUGGCUUCCGAGAGAGAAUCCAGCUUCUGUCGUAGAAGCCUGGUCGAAGAGGGAGACGAGAGAGGGCCGCGAGAAGCGCAUGACGGACAAGCAGAAGAUGGAACUGCUCUUCGGCUCUGAAGCUCACAGCGCUACGUCCAACCGAGAAGAGGAGAGCGAGAGCGACAAAGACGUUCCCCGAAAGCACAGGAGAGGAAGAGACGAAUCCGACUCGGGGGACGAGGGAAGACCGAGGAAGCAGGCGAAGGCAGACUCUGGUAGUGAAGAGCAGAACGGCUGGGCCACUCUCGAGGGCUGGAACAAUUCCUGGAGCGACGAGGACGCGGAGGAGAGGAUUGUUCGGGAGUCCCUCGAUGAUUGGAGGGUUGGCAGGACGCUAAUCUCGCGGAUGGGAUGGGAUGGAGAAAGGGGACUCGGCAAGCAUAAGCAGGGCCACUCUCACGCCAUCGUUGUACGUGGGAGGCAUCCCUCGACCCAGGACCUGAAGGAGCAGAAGAAGCGACGGGGUGUGAAAGAGGACCAAGUGUCACGUGUCAAUAUCGCAGAGAUUAUUCUUUCUCAACAUCGAUGA